UGACUUCGUUUGUGUCACGGUCGAUGAAAAUGUAUUCAGAGUCCAAACCGACUGGCUGAUGGAUCACGCGGUUUCCAUUUUCUUCAAUGAUGAAGCCUCCAACCUGCCAGUACAAGUCAAAAACAGCCGCCACUUCCACAAGGAAACGGAUGUCGACUGCCCGGCAAGAUCGAAGGACAAAACUGGAUCCAAGAGUAAAACCUCAGAUGGGAAGAAGAGGAGUGAUGGUGAUGAGGAUGGGGAUGGAAGGGGGGGUACGGAAAAGAAGGCAGAAGGAAAAAGUGACAACAAGGGAGAUCAGGGAGGAGAGAAAUGGGUGAAGGUCUCCGUUAAGAAAGUAAGGGGAGGGACUGAAGGGGAGAAAAGAGACCCAAAAGGGAAGGGAAAGAAAGGAAAGCGACGAAGGCAACCCUCCUACAAAGAGGUGCUAAAAGGAGACGCAGCAGUUGAUCAUGACAGAACAGGAACUGGAACAGAAAAGAUUGUGGCAGGAGACAAGGGAGAGAAGGAGGAGGAGAAGGAGCUGGAGAGGAAGGGUAAGACUACUGAGGAUGGGGAGAACAACAACGAGGGGAGUAAGUUAUUGGGGGAGAAGAGCGAGCAGGAGGAUCAAAAAGGGAUGGGAGGGGAGGGCUCUAUCCCAAAGGACGUUGCAAUGAGAGAAAAGUCCCCUGACCCAGAAUUCCGGGAGGAAGAUGAAAACACAGAAUUGAAGGAUCCGAGGGUCACAAGAAAACACAGGGAAGAAAGAAGUCCAGCGAAAGAUAAAGGAACGAAAGACGAAGAGGAGGAAGAGCUGGAGCUAGAAGAAUCCGAGUGGGAGACCUCGGCGGAGGAGGCAGAACAAACGGACGCUCAGGCAGAGGAUCUCGAGGCGGCGCGCAAAAGAGAAGAGAUUGCGGCCGGAAAGCGACAAUUGGAAUUCGCCAGCGGAGCAAAUCUGCAAAUCGCCGAUGAUCCGACCCGAGAUCCGGAGUUCGGGACCAGGUUUGGCACCAGGGGGUUCGGGACCAGGAGGUUCAGGACCAGGUUUGGCACCAGGGAGUUCGGGACCAGGUUUGGCACCUGGGGAUUCGGGACCAGGAGGUUCGGGACCAGGUUUGGCACCAGGGGGUUCGGGACCAGGCUUGGCAUCAGGUUCGGGAUCUCAAGUUCCAUCCAGAUCGGAGAGCGAUUUGUGAAGAUGGGUGUGACUUCAAGCAGGCCUGAAGAAAUCGCAGCCCUGGCUCAAUCGCUUGGGAGAAAUUACAGACCCCCUCUGGGCCCGCCAAGAAAAGGGAAUUGCUUGGUAUAUUUCGAUAUUCGAAUGGGAAGAUUCGGGGAUGGGAUCCCGAUCGGCAGAAUUGUAUUUGAGUUGAAGGAAGAUUUAGUGCCAAUCACGACAGAGAAUUUCAAGCAACUUUGUUUGAGGCCUCAGGGACAAGGUUACAGAGGCUCUCGCUUUCAUCGGAUAAUCCCUGGCUUCAUGUGUCAAGGUGGCGAUUUCACGCACGAUAAUGGAACAGGAGGAAGAUCUAUUUACGGGGGGCGGUUUAUUGACGAGAAUUUGGGUCUCCCACAUUGUGGGCCAGGUAUCUUAUCAAUGGCUAAUUCCGGCGCGAACACGAAUGGGUCUCAGUUCUUCAUUUGCCUUGCUCCUACCCCAUGGUUAAAUGGGAAGCAUGUCGUCUUUGGGCAAGUGGUUGAAGGGUUCGGGGUUUUAAAGGCUAUGGAGACUUACGGUAGCAGAACCGGUGACACAACCCAGGAUAUCAUUAUCGGGGACUCUGGAGUUGUAGAAGAUUCUGCCUCAGCUCAGCUCUUAGCACAUGCGAAGAUGGAAUUGCGAACGUUAGGCGGCUCCCGCGGCUCUAAAGUGCAUUCAACUGAUCGAAGGGCAGCGGCUGCACCAAAGGUUGCUCUCAUGAGGCUGAACAGAGUCCAUAGAAUCCCCAGAUCAUCAUUGAAGCUACAAUGUGAGGCCGCUUCAUUAUGUACAGGGUCCUCGCCGCUUAGUGAUGGUAAUCCAAGACGUGCGAUCAUCAUAAAUUAUCAUGAACAAUAUUUGCCUGCUGCUGCAAAGGUGUAGUAGAUGAGGCUAUGCGCUUGAUUUUGCUUGUGAGAGACGAGACAUGACACUACACUUUGUUCGACAGUAGACUCAUGCGGGGGUAGCUGUGUAUAACUGGGGCUCCUGAAGUUUGCAGUCCUCGUUUUUAUGGACUGCCUGCUUCACCACAAAUAAACCUUGUCGACGUCUUCAAAUGAAGGCCUCAAGAACAAGGGCUUCCGUCUCGUGCUCAAGGCCAAACACACCGGUGUUGCAGUUCAGUGUAUCAAGGGAUAUUCACAAUAAGAGGGAUUAAUGGUUCUCCGGGCCAAGGCGAGGCAGGGGCCCAGCGCCUGCUCACAGGGGGGAAUGGAUUUCACACGUGUUCAAACACAAACACAGACACAGAGAGAGAGAGAGAGAGAGAGAGAGAGAAGGAAAAAUGAGAGUGUAAUUAGAAGACAGGAGGGUAGUGGAUUGAUUGCUGCGCUAUUGAGCUCUUACCUCAGCCAAGAGAGGUUUCGGUUCUCCGGUUGAUUUGAGACAGGUUUCCAGGUUGGUGGGUGAUGAUUUUUUUUGUGAUUUGGUCUGUUGGUUGUUGUGUGAUUUCACAAACCCAUUUAUGUACAUAAUUCCAGUUGGCGAUUGAAUUUUAUGAGAGCUUUGUACGGCGAUUGCAUUUUGAUGGACAUAAUUUUUUCUCUUUUUUCAAGUUUUUGGUGUAUAGUGAGGAAAUUGCACGUUUUUGUACGGUGGGUGAUGUACAUAGUUUUUUGUACGGUGGGUGAUGUACAUAGUUUUUUGUACGGUGGGUGAUAAAUUUUUCUCUUCGAG